AUGCGGGAGCUGCAGCUUCUCGUCAUCAUGGCAGCCAAAACCAAUUGGAGGGCGGUGAAAGAAGUUGUGACAGGAACUCCCGCCUUCGACCCCGACGCCACACUGGAAGCGAAUCUGGAGAACGCCGACCCUGAACUCUGCAUCAGACUGCUGCAGGUCCCCACAGUGGUCAACUACUCUGGUUUGCGGCGACGGUUGGAGGCCAGCAAUCAGACCUGGAUGGUGCAAUUCCUGGAGCUGCGUGGUCUGGAUCUGCUAAUGGAGGCGUUGGAGCGUCUAUCCGGUCGCAGCUGCGCUCGCAUUGCUGAUGCUCUGCUGCAGCUGACCUGCGUCGCUUGUGUCCGAGCUGUCAUGAACUCAUCCGAAGGACUGCACUUCAUCCUGGACAACCAGAGCUACGUCAGGACACUGACCCAUGCUCUGGACACGUCUAACGUCAUGGUAAAGAUGCAGGUGUUUGAGCUGCUGGCAGCCUUCGCUUUGUUUGACCCUCAGGGAUGCUCCCUGGUCUUGGAUGCCCUCGAGCACUACAAGAGUCUGAAGAAGCAGCAGUAUCGCUUCAGCGUGAUCAUGAACGAGUUUCACGCCAUCAAUAACGUCCCGUACUUGGUGACGCUGAUGAGCGUCGUCAACGUCCUCGUGUUGGGACAAGAAGACCUGAGGAAGAGGGGGCGACUGCGUCAGGAGUUCAUCGGACUGCAGCUGCUGGAUGUCUUGCCCAGACUCAGGGAUACGGAGGACGAGGACCUGAACAUCCAGUGUGAUGCGUUCGAGGACUCUCUGACGAAGGAUGAGGAGGAGAUGCAGAGACUGUACGGAGGCAUCGACAUGAGCUGCCACCACCAGGUCUUCACCUCGCUCUUCACGAAGGUGUCCAGCAGUCCGUCUUCUGUCCAGCUGCUGUCCAUUCUUCAGGCCCUGCUGUUGGUGCAUUCGGACAGAUCUGAGGUCUGGUUAGCUCUGGAGCUGUUGGCUGACAGAGCAACACUGCUGUCCCAGGACUCCGAUUUAGAUUCUGCCGACUGUCUGCUGGAGAGGCUCCUCCCCCGACAGUCCCGCUCAGCCAAUCAUAGGAUCCGGACCAUCGACAGGGCGGUUCAAACUCGACUACCAGACAGUCCUGCUCCUCCCACUCCUCCCCCCUUACCUGCUCCUCCCACUCCUCCCCCCUUACCUGGUAUGGAAGCUCCUCCCCCUCCACCACCCUUACCUGGUAUGGGAGCUCCUCCCCCUCCACCACCCUUACCUGGUAUGGUAGCUCCUCCCCCUCCUCCACCCUUACCUGGUAUGGGAGCUCCUCCCCCCUUACCUGGUAUGGGAGCUCCUCCCACUCCUCCCCCCUUACCUGGUAUGGGAGCUCCUCCCCCUCCUCCACCCUUACCUGGUAUGGGAGCUCCUCCCCCUCCACCACCCUUACCUGGUAUGGGAGCUCCUCCCCCUCCUCCACCCUUACCUGGUAUGGGAGCUCCUCCCCCUCCACCACCCUUACCUGGUAUGGGAGCUCCUCCCCCUCUACCACCCUUACCUGCCCAGGCAGGUCAGGGUCUGUGCAAGGCAUUUUACAGCCCUACCCCCUGUCCCACCCUCCGUAUGAAGAAGUUGAACUGGCAGAAACUCUCCUCCAGAGCGGUGACAGCUCAUCAGUCCUUGUGGAUGUCGGCGUCUUUGGAUUCGGUGGAACCAGAUUACUGCAGCAUCGAGCAGCUCUUCAGUUUUCCUCCAACUGAGACCAAGACCAGAACCAAAGCCAAGACUGAGCCCAAAGAGAUUUCCUUCAUCGAUGCCAAGAAGAGCCUGAACCUCAACAUCUUCCUGAAGCAGUUCAAAUGUUCCCAUGAGGACUUUGUGCUUCUGAUCCGGAGAGGAGACAGGUCUAGGUUUGACGUGGAGGUCCUGAAACAGCUGAUCAAACUGCUGCCAAAGAAACAUGAGGUAGAGAACCUGAAGUCUUACCAGGCUGACAAGGACAAGUUGGCGUCGGUGGAUCAGUUUUACCUGCAGCUGCUGGAUGUUCCCAGUUACUCUCUGAGGAUAGAGUGCAUGUUGCUGUGUGAGGAGAGCAGCUGUGUGUUGCAGACUCUGAUGCCUGAAACUGAGCUGUUGGUCCGAGCCUGCCAGAGUGUGAAGGAGAGCUCUCGCCUGCCCAGCUUCUGUAAACUCAUCCUGAGGGUUGGAAACUUUCUCAACUAUGGGACUCACACGGGGAACGCUGAAGGUUUUAAGAUCAGUACUCUGCUCAAACUGACAGAAACUAAAGCCAACAAGUCCAGAAUCACCCUGCUGCACCACAUCCUGGAGGAGGCAGAGCAGAACCAUCCGGACCUGCUGAACCUGCCGGAUGAUUUGGAGAUCUGUGAAAAGGCUGCUGGGUUGAAUCUGGAGUCCAUUCAGUCUGAAAGCAACACUCUGAUCAAACGCCUGAAAGACUCAGAGAGGAAGGUUUCGUCUUCUUCCGAGGACCUGAAGGAGCAGUACCUGUCUGCCAUACAGGAGAGCCUGCAGGUGUGUGAGCAGCUGCGGCAGCUGUUGUCCUCAUUGGAGGACCGCAGGAUGGAUCUGUCCGUCUACCUGUGUGAGGACAGCAGCAGCUUCUCCAUCGACGAACUGCUCAGCACCAUCAAGACCUUCAGAGGCCUGUUCCUCAGAGCCGUCAAGGAGAACGAGAGUCGCAGGCAGCUGGAGGAGAGGAGGAAGCAGCAGGAGGAGGACAGGAAACACAAAGACAGCAACAAGAUCACCAGGAAGGACGUGUCCAGGAAGGAUGUGUCCAGCCAGGACGAAGGCUGUAUCAUCGACAAGCUGCUGACUGAGAUCAAGAAGGGAAACCACCUGAAGAGGACCAGAGCCCCCCGGGGCAGCAUAGUCCACGAGCAUCCUGCAGGAUCAGAGCUCAUACUGGCGUCCUUGGUCGUUUCCAGCCAAUCAGGGAAGCCUGCAGAACCACUAGAGGCAGUUCAGAUCCCUUCAGAUCCACCGGCUGAAACAAGACCAGAACCAGGCUCAGCUGAACCCUCCUCUUCUACUGCUGCUGCAGACACUGAGCGCGUCCAGAUCCGGACCAGACUCGAGGACUCCAAGGCGGACUCUGUGGACCUAGAGACCAGAGACAGAGGUUCUGCAGGAGAGGAGGAGGUCCAGCUCAGACCAGAGGAGUCCGCAGAACACAAAGAGUCUGAGUUUGAAGAAGCGAGAACAACCGAACACAACGAGGAUUCAGAUUCUGAUCCAGACGAACCAGCGGAGAAGUCCAGGACCAGUCCAGCAGGAGCAGAUGUCAAACAUAAAGCUCACAGAAGAUGUGUGUCGCACUGAGGUGAACUGAGGAGGACUCGUCUGAUUGGCUGAUGAUGGGGACAGUUUACCUGAGCAAGGUGUGACGACGUUCAGGACGUUUUGUUUGAGUUGAUUUGUUGAUGAUUAUUAUGAUUAUAGUUACUAAAUGAAAUGUGUUGUACCUGUAGCAGUUAUUAAUGAUUAAUGGUUUUAGUCUUUGUGUCUAACGUUGCUCAGUUGUGAUGAUUCAAUUAAUCAGUUUAUUCAGAAAAUAA